AUGACGCCCAGACACUUCUCACAGUUUGAACAAGCCCAAAAGUCUUAUCAAACCCGCGCAAAAGACUACGACAGCUCAUGGCACCCACAAUACACGGCCCGGUUCAUGGAGCUCAUUGACAUUCAGCCCGGCGACCGUGUGUUAGUCCUCGCCUGCGGCACCGGCCUCGAAGCUGUCAUUGCGUGCCCGCUAGUCGGCGACAAUGGCCUGGUGACAGCCUUGGACGCAUCCGCAGCAAUGAUGGACGUGUGUCGCAAGAAGCAGGCGACCGAUGAGAUUCUAUCCCGCCGCCUGGUUCUCAUCCAGCAUGAUGUCACGGAUCUUGAGUCCUGCGAGCAUCUCGAAAAGGGCUCGUAUGAUGUUAUCAUUUGCUCCAAUGCGUUUGUAUUAUUCGACGACCCCGGCCGUGUCGUUUCCCAAUGGGCUGGGUAUCUACGUCGCGGGGGCCGACUCAUUGUUGACAUUCCCCAUGAGAAUCACCCCCGGCAGGGACUCUUUAUGAAAAAAGCCAUCCAGCAGAUGGGCAUGACGUACCCUGCGAGCCGGUCUUGGAUCGAAUCGGUCGACUCGUUUCGUGGGAUCCUCGAGGCACGACAGCUGCACGUCUUUCGGGUUGAGGCGCUGGAUAAAGAACCUGGCAAGGGACAUGUUUUUCUUGGAAGGGAGGAGAUUGGCAGCAUGUUCGAUUACAUUACACAGGACCAUUUGAUGCAGUGCCUGGCCGAUGAACAGUUUAGGAGCAAAGCAAGGUUAUUGUUCGAGAGGGAGUGGGAUUCAGCGACGGAGAGGGAGGGCAAUGGGAAGGUGAAGGUUAGUUAUGUUCUUUAUGUGUACGUCGCCGAGAAGGUGUAG